GAUGAACCGGGAUCCAGUUACCACAGAGCGGACAUGUUUUCAGCAUUGCACCGCUGAUUGGCUGUUGACUGUGGCGGCUGAAGCAUGAAGGUGGGAUGAACAGCUGCGGGGUAAACGGCUGACUCACCGUUUAUUUCAUCGAAAGGACUCGUCAUGGCAAGUCGAAGGUAUCUAUGGACCGGACAAGACCCCUGAGAGUCAGAGGGCUUCAGGCUUCAGCAGAGAAAGCAAAAAAGUUCCCAGAGUCCAGUGUGAAUGAUAACAUCAUGAGGCUUCCGAUACGCUGGGCAGCACACAGGCGUGUGUUGAUGCUGGGUGUGUUUCUAGGCUUGCUGAGUUUGGUGAUGAUCUCCCUGCCGCUGAUUGAAACAAAGACAAGCAAACCUGUGGAGUGGGUCGUUGAGCCCAACCAUAAAAAGCUGGUGCAUGAAUACGUCCACAAAGUCCUGGAGGGUCCGUGUCGCCCCAGUGGUGCCAGGCAGAGCUUGUUAGCUCAACUCCCUGCUUCCGGUCAUGUGAUCCAGCCCUUCCUGUGGAAGGACAAGCCGCUCCCUGACGACCUUUUCCUCUAUCCACCCCCGUUUGGAUUUAAUGGUCUCGAAAGCAAAGUAGAGAACCUGCUAAAGCUGUUUUCAGCACCACAGCCAGAGAAGGCACCAGGUAGAUGUCAGCGCUGUUUGGUCCUUGGAAAUGGAGGCAUUCUCAAAGGCCUGCAGCUGGGCUCACAGUUUGACCGUUUUGACAUCCUUAUCAGGCUAAACAGAGGCCCCCUGGGAGAAUUCAGUGUUGACGUUGGAAAUCGGACCAGCAUCAGGAUGAGCUACCCAGAGGGCACACCGCUGCACUGGGCCGACACAGACCCACACGCUCUGUUUGUCGCUGUUGUGUAUAAACGUGUAGACAUCAGCUGGAUCUCUGCUAUGAUCACCAGGCUCACUGUGCCUCUGUGGGACUGGCUCUUCUUCUGGCAGAAGGUUCCAAAUCAAAUCCCUCUUGAGCCCUCCAGGUUCAGACUUCUAAACCCGCAUGUCAUCAGACAGACGGCCUUAGGCCUCCUGAAAUACCCUCCACCCAGAUCACGCCUGUGGGGCUGGGACCAGAACGUGCCCACUCUGGGUGUCUCUGCACUGAAUUUAGCCAGUCUGCUGUGUGACGAGGUCAGCCUGGCAGGGUUUGGAUACAACCUGUCCCAGCAGGAGGCGCCACUGCACUACUACGACCACCUGCCUAUGAGCGCCAUGCUGCAGGAGAAGAUGCACAACGUGGACAGAGAGACUGAACUGCUGCGAAGCCUCGUCAAAGCAGGAACCAUCACUGACCUGACGGGGGGCAUCCACUGCGCUUUCUGCAAGAGCUGACCUCCGACACAUUUCACUGGAAGCGCUGACUCGUUUUUUGAUGUGUUCAGGACAGAAUGAACUCUGUAAUGCAGAAAAAACAGCAGGAUGGGAGACCUCACGAACACGUAAGCACAAAGGUUGAAAGGAAUCUAGUAAUAUUUGUCCCAAAGUGCUUCUUGAAGAACAAAGGACAUAGAACCCUCAGCUUUACAUGUCUGUCAGUAUUUAAAUGUUCUUUUAUUUUAGAAAAUGACUUUCAAGCAGAAGUUUCAUUUUUCCAACCCACAAACUGGACCAACCAAAUAUUUAAGUGUCUUUACAAACACAUGAGACAGGAAGAUCUCAUAUUAAAAUGCAGAAUUAUCAUCUCCUUAAAUUUGAUCCAUAUCAGCGUUGUAGAUGUGUAUUUGUCAAUAUAGUACAAGUGUUUGAAAAGUUAUGAGCCCAACCAGUACUUCGUGUUGAUGGUAAAACUCAGAGAAGGCGCUCAGUAGUAACAACAUGCCGACUAAACACUAUGAGGAGAGUUUUACUACAGCUGUGAGUUGAAAGUGUAGAAUGAAAAUAAUACUACUGAGCAGAUUACACUGAGCCAAAGUAUGUUUCCACUGGUUCUAAAGAUGUUUUCAAAAUGAAUGACCAAGUGCUGGAUCAGUUUGUCACUUAAGCAGAUCUUCAAUAUGCAUGUUCUUUGUUUGUUACCAGUGACAACAACAGAAUGGGUCUGUAUUCAAAGUCACAUAGGAUGUGAAAUGCACUAAACAGUGUAUUAAUUAUUAAUGCACGAUUCCACGAUGUUUGAAGCAGGCUUCAAAUAGUUUAAGUAGUCCAAGACAUGUUUCUUCCACUUCAAUUUUUUGUUUGUUUAUUAUAUGGAGGACAGUGUGGCAAACUACUUUAAUAUUUAUCAGCACAUCUAGAUCAUUCCGUUUAAAUAUCACCUGAUGUGCCAGAUGUGCAGAGCUUAAAGCUUAGAUUUGGCGAAUCUAGCUAGAAUCCAGCUGCCUCACUGUUGCUGUCAAUCAAACACAACAGUUUUGCAAAUUCUUUCGUUGCCUUCUAUUGUUGUGUUUUUUAAAAAACAUUUUUGUGCCACUGCAUUUUGUUGCAGGUUUCCAAAAUGAUUGUCAAAUGAAACUUGUUAUUUAUAUUUUUUGUAUUGUUUCUAGGUCAUUAAUAUAAUUGUCAUUGUUUGUAAUAAAGUUAAUAGCAGUGGGUUUGGGCUUCGUUUCUUGAACUGAAGCUCUUUAUCUGUUACAUAAUGUUCUUCCAGUGACCUUUAUUUUGAAGGAGCAGUGAAUCUUAUGGGGUUUUUUUUUCAUUAAAAUGUUUAAUAGCCAACACAGCUGAUAGCAAGACAAGUAUAUUGAACAAUAGAGCAGAUGUACAGAUUAUGAAUUCAUUUAGUCAGAUGUGCAUUUGACACCAAGGAGUUUAAAAGAAAGUUACUCCUUAUUAAAAACAGCAAAUCCGUAUAUGUGACUUCCAGGAGAUUAAUGCAUCUGUUUGUAUAGAAUAAAAACUCAGAGAAACUU